AUGGACUCCGACCCUUUGUCUCCACGCUGGGACAGUAGGUCUUCCUUCCCUCGACAAGGACGGUCCCGACUGUCUCCGUCAUAUGCUCCUCCGGGCGUUGCAGGCCCCUCCCAUUUCCCAAACUGGCCCUUCGACACCACCACCGGGGAAUUCGAUCAACUGCAGACAACGUCCCUGCAUUCUCGCGAAUUUCAGUCCAGACGAGAAUCCCCUGCUUCCACCCCCAGUCAACACCCUCCCAAGAUUGCUGCCCCUGCGACUCCUGGUCCUUCUUCUACUGCACAUACCCAACCGGUGCUGGUCAGAGCAUAUUCCGGCAAUGCGGACAGCACGACCGCAAAACCACCAACCAUGUCCUCUACUCGCCGGCUGUUCCCGUUCAAGGGUUCGAAGAGCUCGGCUCCCACCCGCCCAGCGGGGCCGCCACUGCCGUCGGAUAAAGAGUUCAGUAUUGAAAGUAUCUUGCAGGCCAUUGAGCCCGAUAUCCAAGGCACCCUUGAUUCGAUUGCCGAAAUCUGCGGGCGCAGCAAACUAAGCCUUGCGAAUGAGUAUGACAGCCAUAUCGCUCCCCUGGGUGAGAUACGAGCACCGCCGGGCGGCUUAGUUCCGGUGGAGGAAGCGACCGACAAUGACGAACGGCGAGCAGAUGAGGGAGUGGUGGUCUUCGAUGAGGACACGAGUAUCAUGAAUGCUGGACGAGGAAUCCAUCCAGUUUCGUUCUACCGUUAUUUGGAAAAUCUUCGCCAGGCUUCUUCGGCAUUGGAACGCAGUGGUGCAGGACGACCGCCUACGACACCACCAACUAAUAGAAACGAAGCAAAUAGCCUGGUCUCGGACGCGGGUUCCAUUGCGCAGCCCAAGACUCGGGAUUUCAUUGCUAGUUCAAAAAGCUCCGGCCGCAAUCUUUUGGCAAAGCAGGUUGCCAUCCAACAAGAUCCAUCGCAAGAUAUAGCCACCCCCACCGAUCCUCUCUGA